AUGGGGAAUUGUAUAUAUUUAAAACCAAUAUUUAUUAUUCUAUUAAUCUCUGCAGGUAUGAUAUAUAGGAGAAACGUCUGGUCAUAUGCACAUAAAAAUGAUUCAGAAACAACUUCUUUUUUAUUUGACGACAGUAUAAGUCUAAAUGCAAACUCAAAAAAUUAUCAAACAAAUGAAACCAAUUUAAACAAUCCACCAAUUUUAGAUGAAAAGUUUCAUGAUAUCGAAAAUAAAAGUAUAAAUCAAAAUGAUAUUAGUAAUACAAGUAAUCCAUCAUAUAAUAAUCGCAUGCUAGAAACUGUCCCAAAUUAUAUAAACGAUUUAAAUAAUGACAAAAAUAAAGAUAAACAGUUAAUUAAUACUACGAUUUCUUUUAUUGAUCGUCCAAAUGCAUAUAUAUUAGAUGAUAAUAUACUAAAUAACAUAGAUAUCAUAUAUAAUGGAGAAAGUAAAAUAUCGUUAUAUAAAUAUUAUAAACUAAUACACUAUUCGGUUCUUUUGAAUAAUUUUCUAUAUCAAUUUAUGUAUUUUAAAUAUCAUAUAGACGCUAUAUGGAAAUCAUAUGGUCAAGUUAACCGAGAAAUUAGAAAUGCAGAAGAAGAGUGCGUAGAUAAGAGGAAAAAAUUAGCACACAAAAUAGACCAAUUACAGGACGCCAUUUAUAAUUAUGAAAAUAAACCAAAUCAAGAUGAUGAUAAAACCUUAAAACAAAUAACAACUGAAUUUAUUCAUUGUAUAAAUGAUAAAUUCAAAACAGUUUACCCCAGUAUCUUCUACAUGAGUAACUACGCUGAUUUCGUAUAUCGUUCUGUAAAUUUGGGCCAUCCUCAUUACAUGGACUUAUGUUAUGAAAUUCGUCAUAAAAUAGUUAAAACAGAAUUUAAUAAUAAGUUAAAUCGAAUUAGAAAUCCAGCUAUUCUGAAAUCGGAUGAAUAUGUGAAUCUCAUAAAUAAAGUAAUAGAAAUUGCAAAUAAAAACGAAGAAUUAAAGAAUGUUAUAUAUCCACUUAAUUUCAUUAAAAAAUACAUUGAAGAUAUAAGAAAAAAAUAUAAUUCUUGCAUAACCAAAUUAAAUAGUGCAAAUGCUCAAUUAAUUGUAAUUGAAAUAAAUGCUAAAAAAAUGAAUUAUAGUAAUAAAAGUAAAUCCAUAAAAAGAAUAACAGAUUUAGCAAAUGCCUAUGCCGAUUUUAAUAUAAAUUAUAAAAAUAUAAUUGACCUAGAAAGUGUGUAUAAUAAUAAAAUCCAAGCUUUUAACAAUGUUCUUAAUUUUAUCCCACAUAUUUUAAUUGGAAAAAUAGAUAUAUGUACAAACCAUGUGGUUUCAAAUGAUGAUUACGAUUUCAAAAUCAUAAAGCCUAUAUCUAUAUUAAAUAAAUUAGAAAAUAUAUUUUUUAAGGCAUUUGGUUUUAAUUUCAAUGAAAAAUAUGUCAAAACCCCUUUAGAAAUACCUAAUAGUGAAAUUAAUCAGAUAAUAUCAGAAACAAUAAGUAAUAUGAAAAACUUAAGUGAUUUAAUUAAAAAAAUGGAAAAUGAAUAUAAACAAGUUGAAACAAGACAUAAUAUCGAAAAUACAAUUAAAAAACUAAUUAUUGAUGUGAAUUUAAAUCAAGUACAAAAUAAACUUACAGAAGCAAUACAAAAAGCUAAAAAUUGGAAAUCUUCAAAAAUCGAAACUAAAAAAAAAUUAGACAAUGAUAAUAAAACAGUUCUUGAGUUGGAAACGAAAAUUAAAGAUUUAUGCGGAAAUUUUACAGAUAAACUUAAUAAUUCACAAUUUAUGAAAAUAUAUAAAGAUUCGCUAAUAAAAAAUCAUAUUAUAUUGGAAACUUCCACAAGCAUUUAA